AUGGAAGAAAACGAAGGAUUUGUAAAAGCCAUCGAUUCCCUUUCUAUUGAUGACUCUCUCUUUGCCGUUCCAUUGGACCAUCAAUACACAACCAAGUCUUUGGCUCGUCUUGGUGUGCGGGCUUUCAAAGGAUCCGAUAGGGCUUUCGCCUGUGGCAUUGCUGCUGCCAAAGGCUGGAAGAUGGUGGUUGCGCAGAUGACACGCACAGACUUUGAAAUGGGUUCUGGUUCGUACUAUGACGGAUUUGAUGACGAUAUUGAAUUCGGAGCUCCAACUUUCGAAAACUUGUAUCAUGCGAAUGGAGCUGAUGCCCAAGCACACAGAUCAUGGAUAGACAACCAGUUGGAUCUUACGUCAGUCAAUGACGGUGGAAUGGUCUUGGCUUCCGAUGACUAUGUGGAUGAAAUGUGGGUAGAAGGAGAAAGUGGCGAGGUAUCGUACAGUGGCAAUGAAGGAGCCACGCGGUCAACAACCUACUCUGCCUGCUUGUUGGUAGCUUUCGCGGAUGCUGGAGUCACGGAGCGGGUCUGGCGAUCCAAUCUGAGUGUUGGAAUAAAAGGGGUGGAGAUGAAACCAAGCCUUCUUCCUCGCUUUCUUUCCUUUCUCAAAAGAACUAGACCAGGGCUUUCCUACAAAGACUUUGCCAAGCUCUACAGUGUCCUUGCGCAAAACUCUUCAGACAUUGCUGACGACUCGUACUGGAAAGACUUUGCGACCUUGGCUGACUGUGUCACCAGGACAGAACCUCCCACUGCCGCCGCAGUUGACCUGUUUGCAGCACUGGUGAGGGAACAUGGAUGGAAUGACAAGACUGAGCCAAUUCGUUUGAUUUUGGAACGGCUCCCUGACCUACCGAAAGCCCAGGAAGCGUCUGGAUUCUUUGAGGCGGUCCAUGCUUUGCUCUCGAUAGAACAGAUCAGUGGAGACACACCUGAAACACUUCAAUGUCUUCUGCCAAAGCUUCUUGAUACCUUGGAAAAAGGACUGGCCAACACUGCAUCGAACCGCUACAAUAGCAUUUACCCGUGGCACCAGAAACAGGAUUGGGCCCCUUCAAACAUUGUUGGCAAACUGGUGGAGUUGGCGACUAGACAUGGAUGGGAUCGGGCAGAUCCCAUUGCAAAAGGGUGCUUUAAGAAAAUUCGGCAAAAUUUCGGUCGUUCAUCAGAUCAGCUGUCAGAAGAGAUGGUUGCUUUCGAACGCAUUAGAAGCAGUUUUCCGGAGGCAAAAUUGGACGACAUACGAAGUCGUAUCCUUGAAGACUUUGUGGACUUAGCCAUUUCAAGACAGAGCGCAACUGUUUGGAGAAACCCCAAAACAACCACGCUUGUACAGGAACUCUUUCGGUUUGGAAGCAAUGCUCUUUUCCAGCGUCUUCAAGGGUGGGCGUCCAAGGCAUCACUUGACUUGCUGACUGACGCUGGCCAGCUAUUGAAAAAAACUAAUGCAAAAGGUCUCACUUGUGGCUCUAUUCAAGCAAAGGAUGUUUUAGUGAAGAUGGUGCUUGAUCGCUGGAAGCUGUUGAAGCUGGCACAUCUGAAGACACAACAGGCACAGCUUCAAAAAACACUCUAUUUGCAGGGUAGACCAAUCUUCUCGUGGAGGAUGCCUCGUGCCAAAACACCCAAUGCUGCUCUCAAUGCGUUUCUCCACAGUGAUAAGGCAGGCCCCACCAGAGUGGUUGUUGGAGGCGGGAUCCACAAUGCCCGGAGACUGGCAAGCAAUUACUUUUGUUACAGCGCGUCUCUUGGCCCCAGCUCAUUCCUCCGCGACGGUUAUAGCGCAAGUAUCAAGAGCACUCAAGACACUGGACCAAGAGCUUCCGUGAUUGUAACAAAGACCACAGACUGGUACAAUGACCAGUUGGCGAAGUAUGAGGCAAAUGUCAAGGCACUAGGUGAGGUGAAGGCAAAGAUUCGAAAGUACGGGGGAGGGGUCCAAGCACCGGCUUCCAAGCGUGCAACGGUUCAAACGCAUGGGGGCGAUGUUCCGGCACCGGCUUCCAAGCGCGCACGAAAGGAACCGGAUGUCAUUGUGCUUGUCUAA